CUCCAUGCUGAUUGGCUGCCUUCCGCAGGUUAAAGCAGGCACGCUGUGUUUGUGGGUGCUGGACCCACCCCUGCACUGAGAGAAGUUCCUGUUGUGUAGUUUGGGAUCCUGCCCCCUUAGGAUGAUGCAGUUUGUGUGCAGGAGGAGGUUUUGGUUCGCACUGUCCUUCCUGGGAGCUGGCUACAGACUGGGCUGCUCGUUUUCUGGGCCGAAGGUGCGGAACCAAACAGAGUUUGAGUUGAGAAAACCCAAAGUAUUUUCCCAGUCAAACAUGAAGAUUGAACUUCUUCCAGCACUAUCGGACAAUUACAUGUACCUCCUCAUUGAUGAGGAGUCCAAGGAGGCUGCUAUUGUGGACCCUGUGCAGCCACAGAAGGUGGUUGAAGCAGUUAAAAAACAUGGCGUUAAGCUGACGACUGUUCUUACUACUCACCACCACUGGGAUCAUGCUGGUGGAAAUGAGAAACUUGUGAAGAUGGUUUCUGGGUUAAAAGUAUAUGGAGGUGACAGUCGCAUCGGGGCAUUAAACCAGAAGAUUUCUCAUCUAAGUACAAUUAAGGUUGGAUCUUUGCACAUAAAAUGCCUCUCUACGCCGUGUCACACCUCCGGACAUAUCUGCUACUUUGUGACAAAGCCAGGCAGCACAGAGCAGCCUGCCGUAUUCACAGGUGACACUCUGUUUGUCGCAGGGUGUGGGAAGUUCUUCGAAGGAACGCCUGAGGAGAUGUACAAAGCGUUAAUUGAAACACUAGGUAGACUUCCUCCAGAAACAAGAGUGUACUGUGGGCAUGAAUAUACAAUAAACAACUUAAAGUUUGCUCGCCACGUUGAACCGAACAAUGAAGCUGUAAAAGAAAAGCUUGUAUGGGCCAAGGAGACUUAUAACAAUGGGGAAGCUACCAUACCUUCAACUAUUGCUGAAGAGUUUACAAUCAAUCCUUUCAUGAGAGUCAGAGAGAAGUCUGUACAGCAACACGCUGGUGAAGAUGAUCCAAUUGCUACCAUGGGCGCAAUCCGUAAAGAAAAGGAUAAUUUCAAGGUGCCAAAAGAUUGAGCACACACUCGCAAUAUCUCCUUUUGUCUCUGGGAAUGUUCUGUAUGUUUUUGUUUUUGUUUUGGGUUUCUUUUUCAUUUUUAUUCCCCUACUAAAUAUUGAGUUAAUCCUAAACUGUUAAGCACUUUUAAAACAAAAAAAAUACCUUUAAUAUAUUGAUGAAAGCUCAA